UGUGAGUUCAGUAACCUUUGCUUUAAAGAACAUUGAAUCAGUAGUCGUCGCUCUUGGAUCAAGUAUGCAAAUCGCGUUAGGAAUGACACCUAUCCUAAUAUUAAUUGGUUUUAUAAUUAAUCAAACACUAACUUUAUUUUUUGAGACAUUUGAAACUUGUGUUUUGGUGGUUUCGGUUUUGAUUGUUAAUUAUUUGAUUCAGGAUGGCGAAUCAAACUGGCUUGAAGGUGCAAUGUUGUUG